AUGUCGCUCUCAAAAAGCGAGUCAGACGUGAUCUUAAACCGCGCAAACGUCGCUCUCUCCCGCAGCCAGCGUCUCGUCGCAUCAUGGCUGCCAGCUCAAACAGCCGAUGAACAAUCCAACCCCAAAACCGAAGAGGAACUACAACGUGAAGAAGAUGAGAUUUUUACAGCCAUUCCGGAAACCCCGCCUCGGAGUCGGCGCCCCCUCCCUGAAAAAGCAGCCGAUGGAAGCUGGAACCGCACAGAGCUCAGCUCAAAUGAUAAACUACGGAAACAAUUACUCGGAAGGAACUACGAGAAGGUUAUGAAGGCUGCUGCGGCGAACAAGCCUGCUGCGAAGAGUGCUACUGUCCAUGCGCGCUGGUCGAACGUGGCAGCUGAGCCGGAAAAUAAGCCUGUUGAGGAGAGCGAUGACGAAGAAGAUGGGAGAGUGGCUAUGGUUGGGAGGAAGAGGAAAGCUGCGCCACGUGUGAAGACAAAGAAGCUUGAUACAGUGCAAGCGCAGAGCGAGGAUAAGAAUCGGGAUCAAGAUCAGGAUCAGGAUCAAACGAUAUACAAGAAUGGCGAUGAGGCUACUUCUUUGACGGAGGCUACUCCUACUGCUACUCGACAGGCUCCUUCAAAGGGGAGGAAGAAGGCGACAAGUUAUUUGGAUGAGAUAUUGGCCUCACGGGCAAAGAAGAGAAAGAAGUGA